CGAAGCAUCCACAUUUUUACCGCCCUCCGAAGUGGUUUGUGACUCCUGAUCCUGAUAUGCGAAGCGUGGCUGCUCCGGAUCGGAACCAUCACCACUACGUGGAUCUCCUCCAGUGGUUUUUGGCUCGGGAGGACAACUACAAAUUGCCGUCCAACUGGCUCCCGAACCUCAACUAUAUUUUGCGGGAGGACAUUCUUGCUGUUGCCGGUCUCAGCAGGAUUUUUGACAGGGAGUACGGCUUCAGCUGCGUUGAUCCUGUGGUCUUGGGUAUUUCUUUGGAUCUGAAGACCAUUCACGACUCGGCCCCUGAUUAUAAGUUCGGGAAGGAGAAUCCUCGUAAUCCUCGCUUGAAGGAUUACGUGCUGUCUCCGUCGGGUGUCGCUCGGAUAUCUGAAGUUCGAGCUGAUCCGUGGGAUUCUGCCUCUUCUCCCGAAGCUGUUCCAGUGAAAGUCGUGCUCCCUGAUUUGAGGACAACCUCGGAUCCGGGUCCUGGGACUGACGCUGUGCCGCGUGCCGUUCCUUCGGUUUCAUCUCCGGCUCGGAUAGAUAUCUCUUUAUCUAGGAACCGGGAUCAGCGCAAAAGGAAGAGCAGCACUCUUUUGAGGCCUUCUGCGCAUCCGAAGAAGGCGAAAGCUGAUCAGUCUUCGGAGAAGGAAGUGGUUUCGGAAGUCAUGCCUCCUCCCAAAAACCUCCUUCACUUCAUGCCCUUGCCUGGGCAGAAGUUGAAGAGUGUGGUGGUUGUGGAACCGCCUCCCGUGGACCAACCGCUGGCUGAGGAAGAUACCAUCCCUUCUCCGCUGAAGCCGUCUGCUGCUUUAGGGAUCGAGAUCCAGGAUAUAACCAAGGUGAUGGAGGCAAUUGAAGCCGACCUUGUUCCUGGCUCGGAUGUCCCUAUUGUGGCCGAGCAGAAGGAAGAAGCUGCUGACGUUUCUCUCGAAAGGGAGAAAAGUCCGGAUAAGGAGAUGGUGGAUCUCACCGAAGCUCACGUAGAGGUUCCCGAAGCUGAGAAGGAGGAACCCGAGCAGGGUCUGACGAGGAAGAGGCGUCAUUCGACCUUGGGCUCCACUUCGACCUCGGCCCUGGAUAGACUGAUCCACGCUGACCCUUGCUCGGAUGUUCCGCUGAAACGGAUCCCCGAGGAGGUAAGGGAAGCGAUGGCUCGCUAUGCCAGAGCUCCGGUUUUGGGGGAGAACCCCAUGGCUCACGUGGGAUCUUUGGUGGGUCCCGAAGCUGCACGGGAGAAUCUUCUUCGGGCCAACCCGCAGUGGAGGGUUCCUGGAGCUGAGGAGAGGAACCCAGCUAUGAUGGCCCAAUAUUAUUUGAAUGAGGUAAGUGUUGGAAAUUUUGUUUUGAGUUCCGUUUUUGGUUUGUUGUCUUCUUUCCUCAUCUUUUCUUGUCUUUUCUUCUUUCCCAGGCUGUUUUCUGGUCCUCGUUCGCUUCCGAGUGUAGCUCGGUUGAGGAAAGGCAGCUGAGGAGGUAUCAGGAGGCUUAUGCUCGUGAUAUCCCUGUCUUGGACCAGAAGGCUGGGCAGCUCAUGGCCGAGAUGGUGGACCUCAAGCAACUGUACCUUCAGUACAGUCGUGAGGCUAGGGAAGCGGCGGAACAGAUCGGGGCCGAAGUUGGGAGGCUCACUUUCCAAGUUGAAGAGGAUGCUGAAAAGAUAGCUUCCUUCGACAGGGAGAGGAGAGAAAUGGCUGCCAAGUUUGCGAGCGAACUUGAAGAAAAAGACAGUCUUCUCAAGGAGAUGACGUCUAAAUUUGAGGCGGCCAUUAAGCAGAGCCAGGAAGCGGAGGCGAGGCUUCAGCAGUUUAUCAAGCACCGGGAGAUUGUUCAGAAUCAAGCUGACAAGGUGCCCGUUCUCCAGCUGAAGAUCCGAGAGAAAGAUGCUGCCAUUCGGAAGUUGGAGCAAGAGAGAGUUGACCUCUACACUGCUGAUCAGUGUAGAGAGCAAUACUGGAAUGGCAUCCUGGGUGCUCGGCGGAUGUUCGCGAAGCACAUGCCUCAUUUCCCUUGGAAUGAGAAGGUUCCGCUCUGGAUGAGGGCCCAGGAUCACUUGGUGGAGUGCCAGGCCGAUCGAGACGAAGCUGAAGCUGAACGCCAAGCUGCUCUUGCAGAGGCUCGGGCCCAGAAGGCGGCUUCCGAAGGUGAUACUACUGCUGGGGGUUCUUCGAAGGAUGCUCCUCUGGGGGAUGCUCCUGAGACUCCCAAGAGCUAGGGAUUCGGGCAGUCGUCUUCUUCAGAGUCGGUCGGUUCCAGUUGAGGACUUCCGAACAUGUGCUUGCCUUUCCCCCCUUUUGCCUCGGCGCUGCGUUGUACUUAUUUCUUUUUUGUUUUCUUUAGUACUUCGGUAGGCCGGUAUUGUCUGUUGAUGGCUGCCGAUUUUAACUUGUUUCAUUUUGUUUUCAAUUUUUGAGGUUUUUCGAUGUAUUUGUACUUCCCCCAAAUAUUGAAUAAAAAAUGAAUGUUUGUUACUUGGCUGCUUCUUUUCAACUUGUUCUUUCGCA